UUGGCCUUGUUUCUUCCAGCCUAAUAAAAUAUAUUUUUAUACUAUUGCUUGACAAAGUUGCGUAAUUUAAUAAGUUUUCAAGGAAUCAAUUAUAAUUCAUAGGAAAUGGUGUUUGGAACCAGAGAGUGGAAUUUUCCUAAGGAUAACCUUUUAAGGAUGUGUUUCCUUAUUUCUGCAUUUGAACUAUUGCGUUCGCUUUAUUUCUCAUUUAGUUCGGUUACUGUGAUGAUAUCGCAUACGAAUUAUUAUACCAUAAUAGCUUUUCUGAGCACUGUAGCUUGGAUUUUGACCGUUAUUGGACUCUUUGUGGGUUUAUCGAUGAGUUGUUCAACUCUUCUUGUAUUUUGGUUACUUUUUUCUGGGUUUGCCACUGUCACGGAUAUUAUUUUCUUGAUUUGGAAUGUAACGUCUUCUCCCAUUUUCGAUGUGGAUCAUUUUAAGCAUUGGACUAUUUCGUAUUUGGGAAUUUUUUAUGAGUGCACUUGUUUGUACUUAGUAUUUAGAUAUUUCCAGAGGCUGUGUUCCUAUUGUCUUCUGGAAGGCUGCAACUAUGGUUUUAUCUCUAAAGUAACACAGAAGACUGUCACAGAGACGCUGAAACAGAGACAAUUUUUACAACUUCAAGCACAAAUACUACUGAAAAUAAAACUGAAGAUUAUUAAGCUUAUUUGGAGAAAAUCAAGAAUAAGCACAAAAUUUUCCAUCUACUUUACGAUGCCUUCGAGGACAAGAGCUAGUCACGUUGCCAACGGGGGACCAGGACCAGGACAAUCCAAUCUACAGGGCCUGCUGACAAAACAAAUGCCAUAAAUGAGGAGCAGGCAGAUGGUCGCACAAAACUUGUCAUAUCUUUGUCGGCAAAGGCGGGUUGUGUGAUUUUUUUGGGAGUCCUCUAAUAGUGAAGGUCAAAGAACAUAAAUAAAAUAGCUCAUUGAUUAACAGGCAGCCAAGACCCUCCCCCCACCUUCACCUCCAGCUCCUCCUCAUGGCAAGUACGUGCUUAUCAUCAUUAUAGCUUUGAUUUAGUAGACAACAUUCCCAAUGAUGUGAUGAACCUGAGCUGGG